CCCUUCAUGCAAACGCAAGUACAUGAAGGGCUGUGUGAAAAUUAUUUUUCCCUUGUUUGGAUUCACAUUGCUUCUCUUGGACACGCUGGCUUUUCUUUCUUCUCUCCUUUGUGGAUAUUAUGGCUGAUAACACAACAAGUUUAGGGAGUCCAUGGCCUGAAAACUUUUGGGAGGACCUUAUCAUGUCCUUCACUGUGUCCAUGGCGAUCGGACUUGUCCUGGGAGGACUUAUCUGGGCUUUGCUCGUGUGUCUGUCUCGACGGAGAGCCAGUGCCCCCAUCUCGCAGUGGAGUUCAACUAGGCGAUCGAGGUCUUCCUACACCCAUGGCCUCCACAGAACUGGGUUUUACCGCCACAGUGGUUGCGAACGUCGAAGCAACCUCAGUCUGGCCAGUCUCACUUUCCAGCGGCAAGCUUCCCUGGACCAAGCAAAUUCUUUUCCGAGAAAAUCAAGCUUCCGGGCGUCUACUUUCCACCCUUUUCUGCAAUGUCCGCCACUUCCUGUGGAAACUGACAGUCACCUGAUGACGCUGCCUUCCUCCAGCACCUCUGCCGGCAUCGCUGCCUCGCGCAGCCUGAGCCGCCCUGAUUUGCACUGGUCCAGCAGCAACCUCCGAGGCAGCCUCGUAACAGCACCGCCUCCUGCCUAUGAGUCCAUCAUCAAGGCGUUCCCUGACUCCUGAGUGGGGUGUUUGCCUUGUUUCAUUGUUAUCCUUUCCUCAUUUCUUAGUUAAAAAAAAAAAAAAAGUCAUAAAUAGGCCAAACGUAACUUUGUGGCAUGUCCCAAAUGACCAAUGAGUCAAAUUAAGAUAUGCUUUUAUAAAUUGGACAUCACAAUGUGAAGCAUCUUUGAACAUGUUUUUACAUUACAUCUCACACAAAAAGGGCUCUGUUUUCCUAAGCAGCUGUUUAUUUCACCUUCAGCGUGGGAUGCUGAUGCGAGAAUCAGCCAUAGCAGGCUGUAUGUGGUUCUGCCUCAGCAUGCACGGGGAGCGGUCCCAGGACGGCCGGAGAGCAGCGGGGCUCACGGGUGACUAACUCUCCACAAAUUGCAUAGUAAUUGCUUGUAGCCUGUGGACAGCAUCUUUUCAUAUGCUUUAAAGCAUCCCUGGAUUUCUUGUAAUACCAAAUAUAACGUAAAUAACUGUUUCACUGUAUGCCUAGGGUGUAAACCACAAGAAGAAAAGUUUAUACACGCUACGUACAGAGGCGCCGUUUCCCUCAAGUCUUUUCAAAGAUUGGCUGAAUCCAAUUGACUGAGUCUGUAGAUUUACAACCUGAAAAGCCUUGCAUUUCAGGUUAAAA